AUGCUGCUAAUCUCAUUCACCUUAAUCAUCUUGGCUGGAGCAUCUGCCGAUCAUAGCCCUGGCCCUGAGUUUGCUGAUAUUGUGUUCCUGAUGGAUAGCUCUGAUCACCUGGGAAGCAAGUCCUUUCCCUUUGUGAGAACCUUUAUAAGCAAGAUGAUCAACACUCUUCCCAUAGAACCAGACAAAUUCCGUAUUUCUCUUGCCCAAUACAGUGAUGAUCUAUACGAGGAGUUCCUGCUCAACACCUACAAAACAAAGAAUGCCAUGAUGAACCACAUUAAAAAGAACUUUGAUUACAUUGGUGGGUCCCUGCGAAUUGGCAAUGCUUUAAAGAAAGUUCACACAACCUAUUUCUCAGGGUCACAAAAUGGAAGAGACAAGAAAUUAUUUCCCCAGAUUUUAGUUGUCCUGGCUUCAGCCAAAUCUGAGGAUGAUGUGGAAGGACCUGCAGAAGCCUUGAGGAGAGAUGGAGUGAAAAUCAUAUCCCUAGGGAUACAAGAUGCUUCUGAAGAAGACCUAAAAGCCAUGGCCACUUCUCAAUAUCAUUAUAACCUGAGGGCAGCCAGAAAUGUGGGCAUGUUUUCUGAAAAUAUGACCAAGAUCAUUAAAGAAACGAUAAAGCACAAGGAAGAAAUACAAGAUGUUGAUGAAGUUGUAUGUGAAAGAGAUUCCAUGACUGACAUUGUCUUCCUACUGGAUGAGUCCUUGAAGGUCAGCAGGAAUUUAGAACACCUUCAGAAGUUCCUGGAGAACAUCACAGCCUCCAUGGAUAUAAAAGCAGGUUGUACCAGGAUAGGUAUACUGAGUUUCAGUGAUGAGACAGAGGUGGUGACUUCUCUGGAAAGAGGCAUGACCCAUGAUGAGAUUAUACAGGCUAUUAGGAGCCUGUCUCUAAGGGAUGGCAAAGCCUACAUUGGAGCAGCCAUGAAGAAAGCCAGAGAACUCUUUAGUCAUAGCAGAAAGGCCCAGGGUGUGCGACAGAUAGCCGUCCUGGUCACUCAUAGAUCAUCAGAAGAUGAUGUGCAUGAAGCAGCUGAGGACCUUCUGCUGCAGGGUGUGUCUAUCUUUGGCAUAGGGAUUAAAGGCUAUAACAUCACCCAAUUCAACCAGAUGGCAUCUUACCCUCCAGAUCAUUAUAUUUCUGAACAGGAGAGCUAUGCAGACCUGGAAAUGUACACUGAAACCCUUCUUAAAAAACUCCAGUAUGAAGUACAAUACAGGACAUCUGUCCAGUAUGGACAAACGGAACGUUACAGGACAGGUUGCAUUGAAACAGAAAAAGCUGAUAUCUAUUUUCUCAUUGAUGGCUCAGGAAGUGUUGAAGCUUACUUCCAAGAAAUCAAGAAUUUCAUGAUUGAGGUGACACAAAUGUUUAAUGUUGCUCCAGAGAAGGUCCGGUUUGGAGCAGUGCAAUACUCAAGCACUAAUCAACGAGAGUUUGGUAUUGGCACAUACUCUAACCUGGUGGACUUAAGCAAGGCCAUUCUCAACAUCCGACAAUUGGGGCACCGAACAAACACAGGAGCAGCCCUGAGUUUCAUGCUAGAAGAGAUAAAGAGUUCCAAAAAAAAGCAACAUGACUAUGUCCCCUGUCAUCUCCUUGUCUUGACAGAUGGAAUGUCCGAUGAUGAAGUUUCAGAACCAGCCAAAAGACUAAGGGAGGAAGGUGUUAUCAUUCAUGCAAUUGGUGUCAAAGGAGCUAAUAUAAUAGAGCUGAAAGACAUAGCAGGGUCAGAGGACAGAGUUAAAUUUGUGUAUAAUUUUGAAUCUUUAAAAAGUAUAAAGGAUGAAAUUGUUCGGACCAUCUGCCAUGAAAGAGACUGUAAAGACAAAAGAGCUGACGUCAUGUUUCUGGUCGAUAGUUCUGGGAGCAUAAAAGCUCCAACCUUCCAAAAAAUAAAAACAUUUAUGAAAAACAUGGUGAGCAAGUCUCAUGUUGGCUUUGAUCAAGUACAUUUUGGAGUUGUUCAGUUCAGCAAUGUUUCCAAGGAAGAAUUUGGGCUCACUGAAUAUAUGACUGAAAGAGACAUUUUUGAUGCAAUUGACAGAAUGAAUUUUAUUGGAAAUAAGACCUAUACGGGGAAAGCACUGGAGUUUGUGUCUAGUUACUUUGAACCCUUGAAGGGAGGACGUAAAGGUGUCAAGAAAUUUCUUGUCCUCAUCACCGAUGGGAAGUCACAUGACUCCAUUACAGAACCAGCUUUACUUCUUCGGAAUAAAGAAGUUGUCAUCCUCUUGGUCGCCAUCUUCCGGUCAAAAUCACCUCAGCUAGAGGAUAUCACUGGGGAUCCCAACUUGGUUUAUUAUGUUGAGAAAUUUGAUGACCAAAAGCUACUUGAAGAUAAGCUGGUUUUUGAUCUAUGCACUCUCAAUGAAUGCAAACAGUUUCAAGUGCUAGACAUCGUAUUUGUGCUAGAUGAUUCCUCGAGCAUAAGUGAACAUCAGUAUGAGAGCUUGAUAAACUUCACAACACACUUAGUGAAAAAGGCAGAUGUUGGAAGAGAUCGUGUUCAGUUUGGAGCCCUCAAAUAUUCAGAUACACCUGAAAUCCUCUUCUACCUUAAUGAUUACCACACCAAAGAAAGCAUCAUUGAGAAACUGAAGUUCCAGAGAAAAGGAGGAAAUACUUUCACAGCCAAGGCUCUGAACAGGUCACAAGAGCUAUUUACUGAGGAACGUGGCAGUCGAAUCAAGAGAGGUGUAAAGCAAAUGCUUAUUGUGAUUACUGAUGGAGAAUCUCAUGAUAGUAGUGACCUUGAGGCCACAGGCAAGACACUAAGAGGGAAGAACAUCAUCAUCUAUGGUGUGGGUGUAGCAAAAGCUUCGGAGAAAGAACUCUUGGACAUAACAGGCUCAAAAGACAAUUAUUUCAUGGUGGAUAAUUUUGAGAAACUGAAAGAAAUUUACCUCCCCAUUGAGAAAAAAGCUUGUGACGAGGCACUUGAUGUCUGUGACAUGAACAAGGCAGAUGUGUUUUUCCUUUGCGAUGGCUCUGAUUUGGUAAGUGAACUGGAGUUCGGCAAAAUGGUUUAUUUUUUGGCAGACGUCAUUGAUAAUCUUGAGGUCUCACCUCAAAACAUACACAUUGGGAUGUCCCAAUUAGGUACUUUUGGCCAGGAAAUUCUCCACCUGAAUGCUACCUUGGGCAAAGAAGAGCGGAAAGCUAAAAUUUUGGCUACUGUAAGGCGCAGGGGAAGUCCUCAGCUAGAAAAUGCACUUCUCCACAUGAAGGACACAUUUGUUUCUGGAAGCAGGAUCAUGGCUGGGGUCCCUCAGAUACUGUUUGUCAUCCUAUCUGGGCGGCCUCGGGGAAGCACAACCAGAGUGACUAAGGCUGUGGAAAAAUUGAGAGAGCUUGGUGUGUGUAUCAUAGCCUUGGGCAUCGGGAAUGUUCGAAAUGAUGAGUAUCUCCAUAUUACCCACAACCCUGAGAAGAUCAUUACUGUGUCAGACUUUGAUCAACUGAAGGAAGCAGUUAUAAGAAAAAGGGCCGUCCGGGAAAUCUGUCGUGACUGUCAACAAGAGAGUUGCUUUGUGGAUACUGUUGUGGGCUUUGACAUCUCAACCCAUCAUCCUGGGCAGACCUUGUUUGAGGGUCAACCACACCUUGAAUCUUACCUUCCACACCUCUUAGAGUCUAUCAACUCCCUAAGAGGUGUGAGCUGUGGAAGAAAGACCCAAGUCAGUGUGGCAUUUAAAGUGAAUGCUGAUCCCAGUUUUGUAUCUAGGUUCCAAAUCUAUGAAAAAACAAUAAUGGAAACUCUGGCACAGGUCACAGUCAGUGGACCUUCUCACCUUCAUGUGGCUUACCUAGAGUCACUGUGGAGAGUAUUUAAUCAGUCCGAAACUCAUGGAAAGGUGAUUCUCAUAUUUUCUGAUGGUCUCAGGCAUAAAACUGAAGAUCUGUGGAGGCUUGAGGAGAAAUCAGAUGAACUCAGAAAAAAAGGGUUGAUGGGUUUAUUUGUUGUUGCCCUGAACACCACCUCUCAAUACGAAGACUUUUCAACCUUUGAAUUUGGAAAAGGAUUCGAAUAUAGGACACAUUUAAGCCUUGGGAUGAGAGACCUUAGCAGCACACUGACUAAGUACUUGGACAAUAUUGCAGAAAGACAUUGUUGCUGUGCCCUUUGCAAGUGUUCAGGGGCUCCCGGGUCACCAGGAUCACCAGGACCAAGAGGCUCAAAGGGAUAUUGGGGUCAGAAGGGCAGCCGUGGCCACAGAGGAGAAGAGGGGGAUCCUGGAACAAGAGGAGACAGUGGGCCAGAAGGAGGAAGAGGUGCUCAGGGAUGUCAGGGUGAACGGGGUCUUAAGGGAGUCAGAGGAAUGGAUGGAUUUAAGGGAGAAGAAGGAGAUUUUGGAAUUAAUGGAAUAAAUGGAGAAGAGGGCUUCCGUGGAACUCCUGGGAAGAAAGGAGAGAAAGGUGAUCCAGGAUCCCAGGGAAGCCCAGGUACCAGAGGUGCCCCUGGUGUCCAUGGUAGAAAAGGAUUUCAAGGAGAUCCUGGUGAACCUGGACAGGACAAUUUCAUUAGAGGGCCUAAAGGAGCCAAAGGAGAGCAAGGAAAACAAGGCCAAAGAGGACAGAAAGGCGGAGAUGGCCAACCGAACUCAAGAGGAAAUAGAGGACCAACAGGCAGAAGAGGGAUCUAUGGACCAAAGGGCCCAGUUGGAGAUAUUGGCCCAAAAGGUGAAGAUGGACCUGAAGGAUUAAGAGGAACUGAGGGACGAAGUGGACAACCUGGUCAGAUGGGAGAAAAAGGAAGUCCUGGAAAUAAAGGGCCUCAGGGGGCUUCUGGAAUUGCAGGGUCUAAAGGGAGUCCUGGGAAACCUGGAUCCUUGGGAAAGAAGGGAGAACCUGGAGCUCCAGGAAAUGAAGGACCAAUGGGACCAACUGGAUCACGUGGAAUGCAGGGAGACUAUGGCAUUCCAGGUUUUGGCCGCCAGGGAAGGAAAGGAGCAAAGGGCCCAAGAGGACACCCUGGAGACAGUGGAGACAAGCUUGUCCAAGAUAAGCAUGAGGGCUUUUUGCUGGUCCUUGAACUGUGUCCCUUAGAUCCAAACUCGGGCUUGUCAGGGAAGCUGCUGCCUUGCCACUUGUUCUUCUUGUGUGGCGUAUGGAUUGACGUCCCUAAUGAAAGUUCAGAAAGCAAAUGCCCUUUCUACCCAACAGAAUUGGUGUUUGCUUUGGACGUGUCAAGACAGAGAUUUGAGGUUGUGAAAAACAUGACCAUUUCCAUUGUGGAGGACCUUAAAAUCAGGGAAAACAACUGUCCAGUGGGAGCGAAAGUUGCUGUCCUUUCUUAUAGUUCUGAAAACAAGUAUCUCGUCCGCUGGUCAGACUAUUCCAGCAAGCGGCAACUCCUCCAGAAGCUCUCUAGAAUGACAUUUGAACAACCUUCAUACUCCAGAGAUCUUGGCAGUGCCAUGUUAUUUGUGGGCAGGAAUGUUUUCAAGAGAACUUUACCAGGCCCUAAUGUCAGGAGGCUCACUGUGUUUUUUAGUGACAGUCAGUCUCCAGAUAUGUCAUCAAUCAUCACAGCCACCAUGGAGUUCAGCGGGCUCAAUAUCAUUCCAGCUGUGUUUGCUUUUAAUGACAUGCUUGCUCUUGAGGAGGCUUUCCAGUUUGAUGACACUGGCACAUAUCAGGUCAUUCCAGUUCGACCCUCUCAAUUUUCUCAUCCAAUAGAAAGACUUCGUCAAUGCACACUUUGCUAUGAUAAAUGCCUUCCAAAUGUUUGUGCAGAAGAGCAAGUAGACCGAAUAAAUUCAUACAUGGAUGCCAUUUUCCUUCUGGAUAGCUCCCGGCAUGUGAAAGGAGAUGAGUUUGAGCAAAUGAAAGCUUUCCUGAGCUCAGUCCUUGACAACUUUGAAAUUUCUGCAGACCCUGAGCGAUCCGAUGUAGGUGAUCGGUUGGCUUUGCUAAGCUAUUCCCCACGGGAUUUCUCCAGAAGAAGGACAAGCACCCCUGUGAAGAAAGAGUUUGACUUUACCACCUAUACCAGCAAAGCUCUAAUGAGGAGGCAUAUCCAGAAUUCUCUUAAGCAACUUCAUGGAGAAGCCUUUGUUGGCCAUGCCCUGCAAUGGACAACAGAUAUGGUCUUCUCUAAUAUAUUGCACUCAAGGAAAAACAAAGUUAUCUUUGUUAUAUCUGCUGGGGAAAAUAAUGAAAAUAAGGAUGUCUUAAGGAAAAUGUCCCUGAGGGCCAAAUGCCAAGGGUACGCCAUAUUUGUGAUUUCUCUUGGAUCUACACGAGAAGAAAUAGAAGAUGUGGCCAGUCUCCCUCUGGAACAUCACUUGAUUCAACUUGGCAGAGUUCACAAACCCAAUUUGGACUAUGCUGUGCAGUUCAUUAAGCCUUUUGUAUAUUCAGUCAGACGAGGAUUCAAUAAAUACCCCCCUGCAGGAUUGGAGACAGAGUGUAGACUCAUUUCUUCAGAACCACCAUUUUUUCUAAAUUGGAAUAAAAUGGGUUUUCAUGAAUAUGAUAUCACCUCUGGUGAAAAUGCUUUGUUAAAUGAAGAGGCAAAGAAUCCAGAACAUUCCCCAGUUUUACUAGGAGAUAAUGAAAGUGAGGAGAUGAUCUACCUUCACAACCAAAUGGUUACAAAAGUGACGUAUCCCAAAAUGAUGGGGACAGAUGAAAUAACAACUCUUAUUUCAGAAAAUAAAGUAAACCAAACACAGAGUUUUGAGUUAGAAAAUGUUGGUAUAAAGCCCAGCUCUGACUAUGCAACUUCAAGUAAGCCAUUUUACACAGUGGAUGAACCAAUGGACAUGGGGAAGGUUGAAAUGGAUUUGAAGCCCAACCCUGCCUUUCUUACCAAAGGAGGUGAUCACCUUGAAGGAAAAGAAGAAUCUGCCUCCACUUUGGAAGCUGGUAGUCCAUCUCUGAGAGACGUUUUUAUGGAUGUAGUUUUUCUCCUAGACUCUUCACAGAAUAUGGGAAGUUCUGAGUUUCAAGAAAUAAAACAUUUUAUAGCUUCAGUGCUUGACUACUUUUACAUUACCCCAAACCCACUGAUCUCUCCUGUAGGAGACAGAGUAGCCCUCCUGAGCUAUUCCCCUCAAGGCUAUAUGCCCAGUAGUGAAGAAUGUCCAGUCCUCUUGGAGUUUGACUUAAUGACUUAUAACAGUGUACAUCAAAUGAAAAGCUACAUCUGGGAAUCUCUUCAGCCGUUGAAUGGUAACUCUUUUACUGGCCAUGCCCUGAAAUGGACGAUUGAUAAUAUCUUCUCGGGGACACCCAACCUGAGGAAAAACAGGGUUAUCUUUGUGAUAUCUGCUGGGGAGACCAACUAUUUGGACCGAAAAACCCUAAAGGAAGAAGCUCAGAGAGCCAGAUGCCUAGGCUAUGCCAUCUUCGUGUUAUCCUUUGGCCCCAGGCACAAUGUCAAAGAGCUAGAAGAAUUAGCCAGCCAACCCCUGGAUCAUCACUUGGUCCAGCUGGGAAGAAUUCAUAAACCUGACUUUGACUACAUUGUGAGGUUCAUUAAACCAUUUCUCCAUUCGGUCAGACGUGCAAUCAACAAAUAUCCCUCAGCAGAUUAUGCCCCCAAAUGUCUUAAUGUGACCUCUUCCAGCUCAAAGAAGUUUCAGGAAGAACGCGACAUACUCCUUCCUAAAGGAUCUAAGGUGGAGGCAGAAAAUAGUGACUUCUCUGAUGAAUAUGAUUUCCCUGGGCAUCAUGUGCUUAUUUUAGAGGGCAAUCAUAGUGAUAAUUCUGCAAAUGUUCUUGAUUUCAUCCAAGAGCUAACUCGUCUCUUUGCAACUGGCGAAGUCUUGAUGAAAGAUCAAGAAGAAGAACCAUGUUCAAGUGAAAAUACCACCUUCACUGAAGAUGAACAGAAAACUAACAAAGAUGAUGGAGACAUAAGAUGAUAACCUCUUUGAAAACAAGAUGUGACUUGUCAUUUGUUUAUGGGUAUAUUGUGAGUUCUUGUACAUUUGGUUCUUUAUAUUAAUGAC